AUGCCGAUCAACGACACCGGUCUCGCAGCGGUGCAGCAACCAACGCCGAAGUCUCCCCCUGUCCUCACGCCUGGCGACUUAACACCUGUCAUCCUUCGCAAAUGGUACCACGCCUGCCGCGUGUAUGCCAUGCACAAGGAACUCGACGCCGACAAGCAGGUUAGUCGCGUGGCCUGGGGUAUGCAAGACGACCGCUUGGCGGACUGGUACCACAAUCCUGAGGCUUAUCACCGCAUUGAUCAACUCACCCUCGACGCCUACAUCGCGGAGAUGAAGAGCCUUUACCUGCGCGACGACUGGGAGGAUGACCUACGAGAAGAGAUACUCAAGUCAGCCCAGGGCACCGAGCUAUUCUGGAACUGGGUAAAUCGUAUCCAGUCCACAAACUCCUUACUCAAAGGCACAAAAUCCCACCUCACCGACCAGAGCCUCAGGUUCCACUUCGAGGCACACAUGAACAGCGAGACCAAGCGGUACUGCAAGAAGGACACCCGGGAACUCAAGGCCCUUGCCUUCAAACUGUGGAUCAACACAGUCCGCCUGCUCGACGAGGAACGUGCCCACGACAAAUGGAGCCAGAACGACGCCAUCGCUGACGCGGUCCAUCGUCAAGGCCAACGCAAUAUUCUGCGUCCCCCGGUGGUGACGUCCUCCACGUCAAUGACGACGUACACCUCUCGACCGUCUACGACCUUCGGUGACAACAAACCUAGGCUCCCCGGUCUCACAGACAGCGAGCGAGCGCUGUUAAUGAAGUAUAGCGGUUGUUUCAAUUGUCGAAAGUUCGGUGUUAACCACAGGCGCGCAACGUGUACGGAACGCCCGGACCCCUUCAAGUAUAAGCCGCUCACGGAGGCCGACGUCCCAGCCCAUCUCAAGGCCUCUGGCUCGGGCCCCCGCCAAUCGUUCUACACGACCGGUUGCAGCUGUCAACACCUCCGGCGUCGAAGACGUUAG